CCAGAUCGCUUUUUCUCACCAUGGAACGCACGGCAUCCUUCAACGACACCAAUAAUAGUCUCUCUUCGCAAGCAAGUCUCGCUUCGGUUCCUUCCCUCAACUCACACUCACACUUCUUCAACGCUUCCACCACCUCUCACACGUGCCUCGCCACUCUCAAACCCCACACCUCCUCCUACGCCUCCUCCCUCACCCUCGCCGGCAAGUUCCUCUACGCAGGCUCCUCCGACAGAGAAAUCAGAUCCUGGAACCACACCAUUUUCCUCUCCGAAAACCUACAAAACACCAACCUCCUAACCGCGGGAACGGGUGCCGUGAAAUCCAUAGUGGUCCACUCCAACAAGCUCUUCAGCGCGCACCAAGACCACAAAAUCCGCGUCUGGAGAAUCACCACCCACGACCACGACCAACAGAAGUUCACACAUGUGGCCACUCUCCCCACGCUCCGGGACCGCGUCACCAAAAUCUUGAUCCCGAAGAAUCACGUUCAGAUUCGGCGGCACAAGAAGUGCACCUGGGUUCACCACGUGGACACCGUGUCCUCCCUGGCCUUGUCCCACGACGGAAAGUUGUUGUACUCCGUUUCUUGGGACCGGACGCUGAAGAUUUGGCGGACGAAAGACUUCGCGUGCUUGGAGUCGGUGCGCAACGCGCACGAGGACGCCAUAAACGCUGUGAUAGUUUCUGAGGAGGGACAGGUGUACACUGGAUCCGCCGACAAGAAAAUAAGGGUUUGGAGAAAAAGGGAAGGGGAGAAGAAACACUGUGUGGUGGAGACGUUGGAGAAACACAGGUCAGGAAUUAACGCUUUGGCUCUUAGCAGUGAUGGAUGCGUGUUGUACUCUGGUGCAUGUGAUAGGUCCAUACUGGUUUGGGAGAAGGGAGAGAAUGGAAAGUCGGUGGUGGUUGGUGCUCUGAGGGGGCACACCAAGUCCAUUCUCUGCUUGUGUGUGGUUUGGGAUUUGGUGUGUAGCGGUUCUGAGGAUAAAACGGUGCGUAUUUGGAGAGGGAUUGAGAAGGAGUAUUCCUGCUUAGCUGUUUUGGAAGGACAUAUGAGUCCUAUUAAGACCCUAACUGCAACCCUUUAUCACACCGAUCAGCCUUCCCAAGUAUCUCUUCUUCUCUAUAGUGGCAGUUUGAACUGUGAUAUCAAAGUUUGGCAGCUUUUUCUUCCUCUUCUUUCCACCUAAUUUCCCCUCUUUUCCCAUCUUAUGUGCUCAUUUUUUACUUGUAACUAUUAGACAGAAAGUGUAAGAUGACAUAAUAGUAAUGUAAUUAAUGUUACGGAGAUAUAAACAAAACAAAGAAACUGUGUUAUA